AUGGAACAUGAGAAGUUACGAGUUUACAACAGUGAGAGCUUCUAUUACCUACUUCUAUCCGGUAUGUGUUGCGAUCGUUGGAUCAGAUGCUUAAUGACUGCCGAUGGAGGUUCUCCCAGAGGUGUCUUGACAAACUCGGCUACGCUUCUACUAUCCCCUACCAUGGGAAAUUGGGUUGAUAGGAACGCAUCAAGGUUCCAGACUAUCCAGAAAACAAUCCUGGUCCAGCGUAUCUGCACUGUAAUAGCAUGCAUUUUGUGGAUCUCUCUGUUCCUCUCGCCAGCUUCACCUAUUCGGGUGACUAAGUGCAUUAAUCCCGACCUUCCGGGAUGGACAUGCAGUCGGUUCUCGAAAACCUUCCUGGUAGCAAUCAUCAUCUCGUGCAGCAUCAUUGAGAGGGUGUGCGCUGUGGGUAACCAGUCCGUCAUGGAGAGAGACUGGAUUCCUACCAUUGCCUCAGAAUGCUCGGAGCCGCCGCUGCACCACAUGAACGCCGUUAUGAGACGAAUAGACUUGACCUCCAAGAUGCUGGCUCCGAUCUUCAUUUCUGGGGUUGCUGCACAAAAGGGUUCGGCAGUCCUUGCAGCGAUUACUGCAGGACUGAAUAUGAUGACGGUUGGAAUCGAGCUGAUAUCUGCUAGAAGUGCUUGGAACCACUCUGCUGUUCUUCAACAGGAACGUGCCAGUCAGUCAGAUGCUGCAGGAUCUGAACAGGGAAGUGGCUAA